UAAAAGGAAGAGGAAAAAUUCCAACAUAUUUCGUCAAUGUUAAUGACAAAUACGAACUGGUGAAAUCCACAUCUACUGAUAACGUCUCAACUAAACUAUAAGAAACGGACGGCGAUAAUAGGCCAAUCUCUCCUAGCUGUGAACUUGUCUAUGUGUGAGUAUUUCGAGAUUUUGACACUACCUUUCUUCAUGAACCCUCUCAAGUAUGACAAAUGGCAAACAAUCUACACGUCACGAGUGCCGGCAAGCUGAUUGAGAUCGAGCAAUAUUAUAAUAAUUGAUAUUUUCGUCAAAAAAAAUCACGCCAAAAAUGUCCAAACGAGUUGCAACAAAACAAGAUGAUCGGGAAAAAAUCAAUGUACGAGAAAGGCUGACUGAAAACGUCUUAGAUUUGAGUUUAAUGAACAUCUCAGUAGUUCCAGUAAACGAUAUUAAACCAUUGAAGCGUGCAACUGUUUUGGAUUUGUCGAACAAUGUAAUAACGGCAAUAAACAGCGACUUUACAACACUUGUUCAGUUAACAAAGCUGGAUUUGAGUAAUAAUAAAAUCCGGUUGAUAGCGGACGACUUUGGAAACUUGGUUAACCUGCGGCAUUUAGAUCUUUACAAUAAUCAGAUCGAGCGGCUUCCUUUGAGCUUCGGUCGACUGAAAAAACUCAAGUACCUGGAUCUGAAAAAUAAUCGCCUGAACCCAGUGUUUUCCAAAAUAAUAGGGACUUGUACGGACCAAAAGGAUUGCAUGGAAGCGGCAAGGAAGGCCGUUUCCUUUAUGGUUGAUAUAGAACAGCAGGUGCUAGAGGAACGACGAAAAGAAAAAGAACAAAAGGAGUUGGAAACACAAAAAAGUCUACAGGAAAAAAGUUUACAGGAAUCCAAGCAAUCUGAGAAGCCAAAUGCGGAGAAGAAAAAGAAAAAUAAAAACAAGAAACCAAAGCCGCAGCAUGCUCAAUCAACGGAAAAUCAAGAGGACAGUCCCAUGUCCAGUAACACAAACAGUCAGCAGACGAAACAAACAGUUGAAAAUGAUGAGAAGCAGAGUAACGGUUUACUGCGAUAUGUGUUAACACUGGCAGCUAUUGGUAUAAUUUUAUUUUUGAUCAUUUAUUCACUGAAUCCUGACUUGGUUGGCGACAUUUUUGGUAAACAAUAUUCCGAAAUUAUGGAAGAAUAUAUUAAGUAAGCAAAUGCAAUAAAGUAAAACGUGUGUAUCGAA